UUUUGGGACCUUUGUGUCACAAGUUCAACUCAAUAGGUUGAUCACAGGCAUAAAUUUCCGUAGGCAAGGAACUCACACAAAAUUACCCAUCUUGACUCGAGUAUAAAUUACAACUUUGUUUUGACUUGGGACGGUGGCAGCCACCAACUGUGACUUUACAAUUAGCCACUGUGUUCCUGAAGCGUCUUUGGCUGCCUGCAUCUUAGUUGUCAUUACAAGUCGGCACUCAAUCAUGUCACUUUCUUUUUGCUGUUUCAUUUUACAGUUGUACCGCUGCACUCCAACUUAAUUCUGGGACUGUGCCACAUACCCACGAGUUCUCUUCAAUACCAAGUUGACAAGUUCUUAGAUAAGACUGUAAAGUUCCCGGACUACCAAAGAUAGGAGAGUUUAACUUUAGAGCUGCUGACCAUGAAACAUCUAAAGUUCGAGAACUAGUUGGCUUUCUUGGCUUUAAAGCAGGCAAUAUGGAGAAUGGCCUGUGUCAAGAUAUGAUUAUGUUAGGUUGCAGACAGAGCAGACCAUAUCUAGAAGUAUUUGAUCAACUUGCUACUGAGGAGUUGGCUUGCACAACAUGCCCCAUUGUGGACAACCUACUGCACAUUAGCAGUGUUCCUUUGCUAGUGGCUCAUCUUGCCUGUAACUACCACUUGCGCUUUGAGCACUUUUUGUUGACGACUCAUGACGACUUGAUGCCAGUUCUGCAAGAAGAUAUCCUAGCUGCUGCCGAUUGUGUUGAAUAUCUUACUGCAAAGAUGGGAGUGAUGUUGGACGGUAGUGAAUGCCGUCUGUCUUGGAACAGAUUGAAGCAAGCAGCCCAGGACUGUUUUAUUCGUCGUUUGUCGCGCGAUCGGUUAGACGACAUGUUUGUUGAUCAUGCAAGACAGCUUGCAGCAGAACUGUACCUUACAUUGCCAGAUGAUAUAGCGGAAAUAUUUGUUCCUUUGUUUUCUUUUCAACGAACGGCUUUAAUCGUUGGCCAUGGAAGUCUUCCUGUUGGAGACGACGUCAUGAAUUACCUGACGUCGUCAGAAUUCGUUGCCCUUGUCUGUCCUUCCGAUCGAUUUCUGUCGAGCAUUGCUGUCUCAAAGGGUCUCCUUAUGAAGUCACUUGAUAGCACUUUGACUGCAGUGGAGAUGCACGACUUUGCACAAGUCAUUAUAUGGCAAACACGAAACUUCAUCUACCAUUUUGAACCAGGUAUGAUUUCUGUAACAGGGGAGCCUCUGCCAUUGAUGUCUUUACCUGCGGAAAGCAAUCGUGUCACUAGCCUGUUUGCUGAUACCUCAAACGAAUCAGAAGGAGAACGUGCAAGUGAAUGCAUUGAUUCUGCUGGUUCACACCCAUCCGCAAGUAUACCGUCAAUUAGAGAAGCAAUGGUUGCAUUGCGUGAGUCCGUUGGUGCAUACCCGUGGAGAUUGUUCUUGAAAUAUUUGCGCAAUGCUGUAGUUGAACACAUGAAUACCAGCGACAGCACAAGAGCGUCGAUUAACCCUCGGGAGCCGAGUUUGGGUGCUGUUUAUUUCGACAGUCACCUUGGACGUCAAUUGAUGGAGCUGAUUGGAUAUCGGGAACUCGGUUGGGAGAACCAAACAGCCACUACGUAUCGCCUAACUAUGUCGAAUGUCGGACACCACCGACAACAACUUGCUACAUUUAAACAGCUGGCAGACGAAGAAUUGGCGUCGACGUCAUGCCCAGGCGUCGAGCAGCUUAGAGAAAUCGAUAGCAUGCCGUUGUGGAUUGCUCACUUGUCGUACAAUUUCCACAUUCGGGUUGCGCUGACCAUUCUGACCACCAACGUCCUCUAUUUAGAAUUAGUGACGGAAGACAUUCGUUGUGGUUUGGAAUGCAUCGACUAUCUCGGAUCAAAGUUGAACAUCAUGGAGUCCGAAAGCAGCUGCCAACAAGUGUGGCAUGCGACCAGACGAGCAAUAGUCGCGUACACCGAUAAUCGAAUUAAGCAUUUCGUGAGCGAAGUGAAGUGUCACUUGAAGUCAUUUGCCGGAGAAUUAUUUAGGAAACUAUCAACAAGGAUACCUCGUCGACUUGUUUCUAUUUUCAAUCAUUUUUAUACCGUUAAACUCGCGGCUGGCAUUUGUGCGUCAGGAGAAAUGCUCGUUGAAAAGAAUAUUGUACUCUAUUUGGAGAGUUUUGAUGACAUGCCGUCUCGUUGUAUGUCAGAGAGAUACGUGGAGAGUGUAGAAAGGAUGCGAUGUUUACUAUUCAAGUCGUUCGACGAACGUCUUGCCUUACGAGAUGUGUUGAGAAUAUCGGAGAUCGCGGCGUGGCAGUCGAGAAAUUUUCUUUACCAUUUCCAGUCUCAAACCGUGUUCGAUUCGCAGACAAAUCCGUUGUGUGAAGAAAGGCUGCUCAUCACAGGUGGCGUGGUCGUCGACGUUGAUGUGUCACGCGAAGAUCGUGAUGAGAAACAAGAUGUGAGUGAAAAGGCGGAAGACGAGAAGACGGACGAGGACGACAGCAAACCUUCUGAGAUUAAAAUUGUAAGAAUAUUAGAACAAGUGAGAUCGUCGUCGUCGUCGUCAUCAGUAACUGCAAAUGCAAGACAUAGUGCAGCAACAUAUGAUGAAUUGCAGUCUAACGAUAAGGAAGAUAAUGGAGAAUUGGACGAUUGUACUUCAAUAGUCUCAAUAACUACAGAUUCGUUACAAGAGAUUCGGAGUUGCUUGACUUGUUGUCGUAGUAGGAAAGAAAUUGCGAAACUUGAGGCGGAUGUUUGUUGUCUUAUAUCUGCGGAUGUGCGUAAGCACAGAACUCUGGAAAAUGAUCUUCAAGAGUUGCAGUCAGUCAUGCUGCCCUCGUCUAAACUACCGGGUGUUAUUUGCGCUGCUUUCAAAGAUGUAAUAAAGGAAAAAACGUCUUUACUUGCUGACGUGACGGAGCGGCUCACUGAGUUAGAUCACUUGAUGGCGCAUGCGCUGAGAUUAUCGCGAGCGCAAAAUUGCGCGAUGGAGCAGUUGUUGGCAACUGUGGACGCCUUCAGGAUUUUAGACUUUAUCUUGAAGACGAGCCGGACUGAUGGAAACGUUGUCGACUUGCUUUGCAGUGCAAUUCAUUUGUUGUCCUCAAAUGAAAUUUGCAACGUCACCUGUCACAUGGGGAUUCAAUCAGAUCUCAGUGUAUGCAAUAUUAUUCGACUUGUGAAGCAGCAAACUGGCAACAAGUGGUAGCUAUGCUGAGUCUAAGUAUAUAUAGAUCGUGUGCAACCCUCUGGACGAUCAGACCGAUAUGGCAAAGAACAGUAGUGUGCUAUCCGAAAAUCUAUUGCUAGACAGCUAUAUUUUCUGAUAUUGCAUUAAACGCUGCUAGCUGUCAGUUUGUCAGGUUUAGUAAUAGAUUUUGGAACGCAUGGUUAUCUUGUACAUUGUUUUCUAAUGGUACCAGCGUCUUGUUUUAUUAUUGCUGUCUGUGCUUUUCUAUAUGACAUUGCAAUCGCCAUGGUUAUUGCGGAAACAUGUUGAACCUCUACCUUUUAACAAGACAGAUCAAAUACGGAAACUCAAGUU